AUGACAGUGCUGCCGCCCCUGCACCUGCCGCCGCCGCCGCCGCUCCUGCCGCCGCCGCUCCUGCCGCCGCCGCUCCUGCCGCCGCCGCUCCUGCCGCCGCCGCUCCUGCCACCGCCCCUGCCACCGCCUCUGCCACAGGCGCCGCCUCUGCCACCGGCGCCGCCCCUGCCACCGGCGCCGCCCCUGCCACAGUUACUAUUGUCGUCACUGCUGUCGCCGCAGGGAUAUUAUAGUGCGCUGAAGAACAGUGCUUCACGGAGAGAACACAACGAAGAACACUGUGAAGAAUACAAGCUGAUCCACGUUGAACUUACAUUGAGUUGUAGUGAUAUAUUGGCCGAGAAGAGGCUUAGACUUAGUGUGAAAAAAACACACACGGAAAUUGUGUGCAAAUUUGUCAGCCGAGGCCACCAGGAAGUCAGCAGGAUGCAGGGAGCACCGCUCCUGUGUCAGGUGAGCAUCUGCACAGAUGUUGACGGUGAGAUCUUGUCAAGGAUGCUGGCAAGACUCAGGUGCUUUGUAACCAUAAGAAAGUUCAUAGGUCAGUCUGGGUCGUCUCCAAUGCCACAGUUUAUGAAAUAUCUGCCUUUUUCCCCACCCUCCACCGGUGCAAUUUUCAAGGUUUAA